AUGGUCCUCAUCAAGGAGUAGUAAGUACUUCAGAUUUAUUCUUGUUAAUGUUAAAAAUGUCCUUUAGUGAGAGACGAGGAGCAGCUGAGUCCGUUUAAAGACGGUCAGAACCAGGAAGAGCACUUUUCCCGCCCUCUGGACUCCGCUGAAAACUUUUCAUGUGUGAGACACACGAGGGAGGAGGGCAGGGUGGGAGACAACACCGGUGUUCUGACGGAAACUGCACCCCUGACAGAAUGACCCCCUGACGGGAGCGCGGUUUAAAGGCGAAAUAAUCAAAGUUUUCGUUACCGUGUGGCGGAUUAAACAGCGUUUAACUUUAAUGAUUUAAUUCAGGCAGUUCAGAUAAAACAACAACCCUCUGAUUCUGAAUAUUUACUGUCCUUUAAAUCUAAUGUUCUCUACCUCAACAGUUUACUGUUUAUACACCAAAGUUCACUUCUGUAUGAACAUUUUAGAGACAUAAAAACUGAACCAAAGUUUGCUGCUCCAGCUGACAUGUUGUCAUGAUCCAAUACUCGUGUUUUUGUUAAAUAUGAGCUCAUUUUCUUCCACUUUAAGAAGCUCAUGAGUGGAGGGGAAGCAGGGGUGCAUUUUCCGGCAGAACACCGGAGCUGCUCCGGCCUACCGGCUCUGACAGCUCCGUGACAGCUGCUGGAAGUGCACGGCUCCCGGUCCGUCCACGUCCAGAAUCUGUCACACGAACCGGGUCUUUACUGGUUUGUCCGGACCGGGGAGUUAAACUGAGGCUGUUUCAGCUCGUGUGUGUGUCUGUGUGUGUUUUUAAGCUCUGUUUAAGUUAGAGUGUGAGUCCGUGUGAGCUCCUGAUGCUAAAGCUAACGGUGGAGGAAAGGUGGGCUGAGGUACUGGUUCAACUGGUCUCACUCUGGGACCCACAUUUACCCACGGUCCUCAAGUCACGACCCACAGUGAGAAAAUUCAAACCAAGAACAUUUAUGUCUUAUAUUAAAAAACCUUUAAACACUCAAAUCUUUAGCAUAUAUACACCUAUUUUAUCGAGUAAAGCGCAUUUCAGAGCUCAUGAACUGAAGAGACAACCACUGAAGUUCCGUGUACAGAAAAUAUCAAAUUACACAAACUAGAGACCGGUGAAAUGAUUUUUUUUUACUUAUAAGCAUCUCUGCAUUCAGAGCAAACUCAGAAGAACCUGAUGAGGAUAAAAGUGAAUAAAAAUCUAAUUAAACAAAAUAAAGACCAUUAAAAAAAACAUGUAAUUUUACUGCAUUCAGGACACAUUAAUAAGAAACCGAAGAGGACUACGACAUAAUGCAUGCAUUUCAAAAUAAGAUAUUUUUCAAAAUAAAAGACAUGUCAAACAUCAGAUGCACAUUAGAUAUUUACUUUUUUGACCAGCUGUUUGCGACCAUCCAGAACGUGUCUGCGACCCACUUUUGGGUCGGGACCCACCAGGUGAGAACCACUGGUCUAAGGAGACCUGAGCAGACCCGACACACUCGGACCGUCCUGCUCAUGAAACACUAUAGGAGGUCUCCCAGACUCCAGACCUGGGUUUUUCUUUUUACUCUGACCAUGCUAACACUGAGAAUUUUCAGUUUACGCCUCCGUCUGCAGAUUUAGUCCUACAGUCCAGUUUUAAAAAGCUCUUUUUUUAAAUGAUUUUUCAGUCUAAAAUAGUCUCAGAUCACUGCUGAAAACCUGUCCCUGUUUUAAAGACAUGCAUGUCUAACUUUAGUCCUCAGAAACUUCAGGAGGUGUCAGUGUGGUCUCAGAGGGGUUUGUUAUUAAAGGUGCUGAUCCAUUUUACUGAUAUCACCUUCAUUACUGUAUUUGGUUCAGCACCAGUUAAAAACACGACUCUAAACUAACACUGAGACUAACUAAACACACCCAUGGACUGGAGGGAAAACUGAAGGAAACAGAGAUGGAGAGUUUGGAUUUCUGUCAGAGACCUGCCAUUAUUAUUAUUAUUAUUAUUAUUAUUAUUAUUAUUAGAUCCAUCAUAGCAGAGUUUGUGUUGAACACCUGUGAGUAACUGUUGUAGAUUUAAUCUGCUGUUAGCGGGGAUAGGGGAAAUAAUGCUGAUAUGAUGCUGCUGGGGUAAGAGGGCCAUCAACUGGCCGACUGUUUAAUUGGCUGCCUGUUUAAUUGGUUUACCUGUAGUAUUAACUGAACCCUACUGUGAGGAGUAGGGUCAUAAAAUCAGUCAUGACAUUGAUUUUCAAAGACAUGUUUUAAGUUUAAAAUCAGUUUAAAAUGAGCCCACAUACACAGACGUGUGUUAAUUUUUUAAUCCACUCUUUGUUUAGAAAACUUGAGAUCGUUUGAUAAUCCUGUGGUCGAUUAAUCAGACUGAUUAGCAGCAGCUGAUAUCUGGGCUCAUGAACCGGCUGUUGUCUGAUGGUCCAUUUAAGGACAGUAGAUCAUAUCUAACAGUUACUGACGAGGGUUCGAGUUAAACUCUGUUCUCUGUUUGUAGAAUAAAGGAGUUUACAGUCUUUUCUGACAUUAAUAUCAUGUUCUACCAUCUGCAGAGCAGCCUAAUAUGUUUUUGUAUAACAUGAAUUAGUUUCUGAUCAAUCUGAAGAAAAACACGUUUAUUAGACUGUAAAUCCAAACAGUUUAAAAAUGUCUGUUUAUGUUGAUAAUAUGUCUGAAAUCAUCUCCAAUCAUUCAGGUUCAGUUCUGUUCAUCAAGAGUUUGGACACACUGAAGUACACACUGAUGCUGUGCACAGAUACAUGUUUAUUAGACACCUGUAUUAACAGAUCACCUGAGCUUACACACCUGAGAUAAACGUCUUCAACCUUCUGGAUCCUGGUCUUAUAAAACAGGCCUAACCUCAGCCCAUCACCUCCAGCUCUGACCGUUUUCUUCUUCACCUCCAUGAACAGCAUGUUUAAUCUUAAUCUGUGUUUAAUCUUAAUCUGUGUUUAAUCUAAAUCUGUGUUUGAUCUAAAUCUGUGUUUGAUCUAAAGUCUGUGUAGAACAACAGGGUUUGUUUUAUUAUCUUUGUUAAUUAUCUUCGUUCUUAGAAACAUGUGAAGAGAUCAUGUCUGUUAGAUUUUAAUGAGCAGCAGGAUCUGCGGUUCGCGGACGAGUGUGAAGCAGCUGGGAUGUGAAUCAGAACCUCCAAGUCUGAGGUCAUGGUCCUGGUGGAGGGAUUAUAUCUCCCGCCUGGCCUGGGAGCGCCUGGGAAUCCCCCCGGAGGAGGAGCUGGUGGGAGUGGCCGGGGUGAGGGCCGUCUGGGCUUCCCUCCUGAAGCUGCUGCCCCAACGACCCGGACCAGGAUGAAGAAAACGCGACGCCGAGCAGGAUCUGACAGUUUGUCUCAGAGUCAGAUAUGGCUCCGCCCACAUUCAUUAGAUUUCCCUGUGGCCCUCUUCACGCUGAAUCAGCUGCUCUAAAACUGAGAGGUCGGGGUCACGUGCACUAAAGUAGAAAAUCUCCUCAUGGUUAUAAAACGGCGAGAAGAUGCUCCUCUUCAUUUCACGUCUUCAGACACGACCCUGAUCCUCUGAGUGGAUCUAAAGACCUCAGAUCUGGUCCCUCAGCUGGACUCCGGAGUCGGAGCGAUCCGACCGGACCUCUCUGCUGCAUCCAUGAACCUGAUGACUGACAGGUGUGACUUCAGGGCGGGGCUUUCUGACUGUCAGGGUUAGAAACUGCUCCUGACUGAGCAUGUGCAGGACGACGCCUCAUCAGAAAUGAGUGAGGUCGUCGUGGUCGAUGAAGGGUUAAUGUUUCUCUGCUCACAGACGACUUCCUGCCCUCCACUCACUUUUUCCUCUUUUACACCCGGCGGUUGGUUGGUUGGUGGUUCGUGGUCUCCUGUUCGUCAGCCUGAAUGAUGCAACUGCUCUGGUGGAGCACGCCCUGGAGAAGAGCGCUGUCGAGACAUGAACAAAGAGGUCCCAGCAUGCUUUGCAGACACAUCUCCAAAGAAAGCUUAUGUAAUAAAAAUGUGGUGGUGUUUCUUCUGCACGCUCUCUGAGUGGAGCCGGUCUACGGAGGGUCCUUCAGGUGGACCCUCAGCCUGUCUGGGUGGUUUUCAGCAGAGGAAGAGACUCGACAGCGGUCUUCCUGUUCCUCUGUGAAGGUUAUUUCUCAAACCGCAGUGAAGCAUGUUGGGUAACAGACAGCUGCUUCCUCUGCAGAGCUGUGGUUCAGGUACAUCAUGUCUUACAACAGGUCAGAGGUUAAACAGUGACUACAGCGGAAACACUGUCCUUUAGUCAGAGUGUUUUUACGGACUAGUCCUUUAAAGUUUGAUCUGUGUUUGUUUGUUUGUAACCGACUUCUCUGUCUUUUACAGCCGCGUGGUUUUACCCUGUAGUGUUGAGGAGGUGAGUAACACUCUUUGUUCUCUAAUCACACACACACACACACACACACACACACACACACACACACACACACACACACACUCAGAAGACAGAAGUGAGCUCUCUCUUCAGGAGGACUUCGGUCUCUCUGAAACCCUCUCCUGGUCUCUCUGAAACCCUCUCCUGGUCUCUCUGAAACCCUCUCCUCCUGUCAUGAUUGAUUGAAUCAGUCAGACUCUGAUAAAUUUCUUCAUCAUGAGGAUGACGAUGAAGUGAUCGUCUGUAAUCCCUGUGAAUGUUUUACAGCAGCAGGAUUUGUUCCCUGUGUACAGAGGCUUAUAUCAUCAAACCCAGCCUCCGCUCAGCGCCUCCUUAUAAGGGGAGAAAAGCUCCUGGCAGUUAUUGUUGCCUGUUGAAGCAGGUUUAUAAAUAAGUGUCCUCUGUUUGGGAGAAAGGAUGUUGAGCGCUCUGUAGCUGGAGUCAAACAUCUGUCCGUCUGUUACUGUUCAAACAUCACUGACUUUGGCCUCUGACACAGGAGUUCCUGCACCUCAGACCAAACAGGACUACUCAGGAGUCCUGACAGAGACAGACAGGCGUCCUCAGAAAACCCCAUCAGAUCAUAUUCACACCAGACUCAGCCUGAUUUACUGAAGUUCUGACUUCUAUCCUCCUUUUCUACCUGCAGCUCUGUAAUCAGUUCAUGUGAGUCUGUAAAAAAUGUCUUCAAAUUUAACCCUUUAAAGGGAUAUUCCUGCGUUAAACUAAUUUAGGGUCAAACCCACCGUAACACCGAGUUAGACCCCCCCUCCAGAGAUGAAUGUUGUCGACCGCUUACUUCUCUAGUUAUACCAACUUUAGUAACGACCGCAGGAUAGAAAUACAGAGAGCCACGCCCCCAACCAAAACGCCACUCUAUAGCCACAAAUAAUGCUCAGAACAGCACCUAACUUCAUCAACAGGACAUAUAGGGUCACAGACAUAGUACUAUAUUCAGAGUUGUUCUAACUCCUAAGAAAACAUAAACUUAAGUGGGGGCGUUUCUCCACCUCUGUAGUCUAUAAGCUGGGCCAAUAAACUUCUACUGUAGUAAAAUGAAAAGGUAAAGGUGUUUUUAUUGAGCCGAAUUAUCAAUAAAAUCAUGAUGUUGUUAACAGGUAUGGAUUUAUGUGCUGUUGAGUUAAUAUAUGUGAACAAGAGCACAGUAAAGUUAAAUCAGCUAAUUUUCCAAUGAGGUUCUGUUACUGAACAGAACUACACCAUGUUCUACUGAGGUUAGUACAUAUAUGGUCACAGACAUAGUACUAGACACCAAACAUCUUUUUAACUUUGACUCAUUUCUUUACCAAAGAGACUAAACACAACUCACCUACUCUCUUCCAGCAGACGCUUGUUUGUAGAGAGACCUCAGGCCAGUCCAUUACAGACUACAGCGGGGUGACGCCUUUUAAGGGAUUAGUGAAUCUCCUAGUGAAUUAGUGAAUCUCUUACAGGUGUUUUCUGACCCACUUCAGUUCUUUCUGUACAUGUUUGUUUCUGGUCAUCCUUCUAUCCUCUUCCUCCUAAAUCUGAGUGUCUUUAAAUGUUCUGGACAGUACCAAGUGGGUCAGCUGAUCUCUUUCAUUGUUCUGGACAGUACCAAGUGGGUCAGCUGUUCUCGGUGGCUGAAGCCAGUAAGAACGAGACGGGUGGAGGUGAGGGCAUCGAGGUCCUGAAGAACGAGCCCUACGAGAAGGAUGGAGAGAAAGGACAGUACACACACAAAAUCUACCACCUGAAGAGGUACCGGCCCGUUUGUCCCGUUUACAUUCAGAACCAGCAGAUGAUUGGUCAUUGUGUAACUGCAGCAAACCACCACAAGGUGGCAGCAUUGUCUUGUCUUUGUUGUGAGCUCUCCUCUCAAACACCAGUUCACUGUGAUCACCCCCCUUCACCCAUGCCCCCUGUCCCCCUCGUCCCCCCUGUCCCCCCCUGGUCCCCCCGUCCCCCUGUACAGUAAAGUCCCAGCAUUUGUGAAGAUGUUCGCCCCUGAAGGCUCCCUGGUUUUCCAUGAAAGAGCCUGGAACGCGUACCCCUACUGCAAAACCAGUGAGUAGACCGGACCCCCUUCAGGACCUUAGUGUCCAAAUAGAUAGAUAGGUAGAUAUAGAUAGAUAGACAGAUAUGGAUUGAAAAAUAUAGAUAUAGAUAUAGAUAGAUAGAUAGAUAGGUAGAUAUAGAUAGACAGAUAUGGAUUGAAAAAUAUAGAUAGAUUGAUAAUUUGUUAAUCCCAGUGGGAAAUAAAAAAAAACUGAGGCAGCACCAAUGAAACCCAGUUCACAUUCUACAAUACUGUAACAACACUUACAGAAAAUAGAGAAUAAAUAAAAACAGUCAUUAAACAUGAUUAAAUGUUGAUUAUUGGAGCUUUAAUCAGAGAAAUCUAAGAGGUCCUGUAGCUCAGCACAUCACUCCUGUAGGCUGUAGAGAGAAUAUCAGAGGAUCGUAUGUUGUCCUCUUACUGAGCCUAACUAAUGACACAUACACAACAUCAGAUCUAAUGUGCCAUGUAAUAACCAUGUAAUAAUCAUGUAAUAACAUGUAAUAACUAUGUAAUAACCAUGUAAUAACUAUGUAAUAACCAUGUAAUAAUAACUUCCUGUCUUCUCUUCCUGCUUCCCUCUGACCCAGUCGUGGAGGUAGGUCCCCUUUAACGGUCAUUAUUCAGACUUUUUAAAAACACACGUAUCUCCUGAACGUCUGACCGUCUCUCUGCUUUUUUCUAGAACGAGUUCAUGAAAGACGAUUUCUUCAUUAAGAUCGAGACGUGGCACAAACCCGACCUGGGAACCACAGAAAACGUGAGUCUCUUCAUUUCAGUGAGGAAGAGGUCCGUUUGAGGUUCUGGAGUUCUCAUGCUGGUUCUGUUGGUUCAGGUUCAUAAAUUGGACAGCUACACGUGGCCGAGUGUGUCCGUGGUUCCCAUCGACAUCGCAGACAGAAGUCAAGUGUCCAACGCUGUGAGUAGAAACUUCAGACUAACUUUCACAGUUUGGCGCCCCCGUGUGGACACCGCACACAUUUCUAAUGAUUAUCUGAUCACGUCCACUCCUCUUAGAUUAUCAGUGAAGUUUCUUUUUAGUUCUUUUAAAGUCUUUGUGGAUAAUAUCAGAACAGAGUGUUUAGGACUGUGGUCCAGCAGAGCUGCAGGUCUUCAUGGUGUUGGUUUAUUAACGGGUCAGAGUAGAACCAUAGCUGUCCAUGACCACAGACCCAGAACUACAGACACAUCAUCUAUAAACCUUUAAAAAUCUGUAAAACCUUCAACAGUUUGAAUCUUCAAACACCUCAAAGUACGUAGAAAUGGAAACGUCAGAUCCUGGACCUCUUUACUCCCCCCUGUUAGCAAAGCUACGGUGGCCUUCAGGGACAAACAGCUCCUGUGAAACAUGAUGAUCAUGAUCCAGAUUUUUCCAGUUUUGACUGAAAUUAUGAAACACACCGUCUCACUCGGAGUGUAAACACGUAUGUAACCAGUUUGUCCCUCUGGUGGUGCCGUAGUGAUGACAGCAGACCCACUUCAGUAACAGUCUGGUUCUGAGUGAACAAAACCAGAAUCAUUUAGAUAUCUGGGUCAUGAUGAGGGUUGGGUAUCAUUUGAUUUUGAACGAUUCUGGUUCCGGUUCCUCGUUUCGAUUCUUUUAAAAGUCAGGAUAUAAAUAAAAACAUGGUUUAAAUGAGGAGGUUAUCCAGAGCUCUUCUUCUUUUUGGAUGAAAUUUCUGAACAUGAAUUUUUAAAUUAUAUGAACAUUUUAAGAACUUUACUCUGAAUUUCUCACAUUUUUAACCAGUUUAUAAAUCUCAGUUUUUGUUUUCAGGUCGUUUGUCGGUGAAAAAGUACAAAGACUAAUGUUAGUGUGAUAUUUAAGUUGACCCUCCGUACUCAGUACAGUUUCUUUGACUCUUCAAAGUUAACAGAGGACAGAAGUCAUUUAUUUAGUAUUAAGACCGGUGUUGUGUCGUAGAAUGUGUCCUCUCCACUCAUGAGCUUCUUAAAGUGGAAGAAAAUGAACUCAUAAUAAAAAAACACGAGUAUUAGAUCAUGACAACAUGUCAGCUGGAGCAGAAAACUUUCCUUCUGUCUUUAUGAGUCUCUAAAACGCUCGGGUGUUUCUCCUCCAUGAAUCCUGAGUGUUUAAUCUUGUUGGUCCUUCACGCUCCGUUACAGGAUAGAACUGUGUUUCCAAUGUUGCUCUGAGAGAAGAGUUCAUUCUUCCUGAGAAACUUUCACAAACUUUUGACCGCCGCCGUCACUGUGGGUUACCGUACGCUCUCGCUCUCUGUCUCUCUUCUCUCGCUGUGAGGCUUCGUCUCAUACACUUCUUCUUCGUUGGUGUUUGGCGGCUAUUUCUUCCGGUCGGGGAACUCCGGCAUUGAAACUAAAAAUUUUAAAAUUUGAACGAUUCUGGGAGAAUCAGAAUGUUUAGUCCUCGUCGAUGCUCGAGACUCGAUAUCCAACCCUGGUCAUGACACGGCGAGUCAGAGUCCCUCCUGUGUCUCCUGUGGUCGGUCUGACGUAGAGGAGGGUGUUGUUGUGGUCCAGGAGGACUAGAGUCUGAUCCUCCUGAACUCAAACAUGGACCUGUCCGGGUCUCUCUGUAGGUUAUUAAUCACUGAUCGAUCAUUAGAUCUCACAAACUCUGAUCAGUGAUUAAAAACUAACUUUGAGCGUCUCCUAAAUCCUCCGAUAAUGAUCCAAAUAAAGAGUUUUUAAAGAUCCACUCUCUGAAAUCUUAUCUGAAGAUGUUUCACAUUAUUGCUCUUAUUUGACAUCACAUUGCCUCAUUUCACUGUAGCGCUGUCUGUGUGUGUGUGUGUGCACGUGUGAGGCUAUCUGGCUGAGAAGUGUUGGUUCUUGUGUGUGUGUGUGUGUGUGUGUGUGUGUGUGUGUUUGUUUGCGGUGGGUGGUUAACGAGGCGGAGGUGUUUGCCUUGCUGGAGGAGUGUGUUGUGUCUGAGGACCCUAUCAGCCCUCAGCCUCGGGCAUGGCUGCAGGGCCUGGGGCGUACCUCCAGCACAGAUGAGUUUGUUAGUGUAAUUAAGGCUCACAGUGCUCCGUAUGCCGGAACUAGACACACACACACACACACACACAAACACACUAAACACAGCAACAGUCCUACACACUCUCUUUACUUGAAGAGUUGGUCCUUUUUUUCCCGUCUACCACGGCGUAUCGAUUCACAGACCUCAUUAGUGCAGCACAGUGUAUUGUUAUGGUGACGGAGCUCUCAGCAUUAAAACAGCCAAAUGAUGCUGUGUGUGUGUGUGUGAGUGUGUGUGUGUGUGCGUGCGCUCCCUCCUGUUGGCUGAUAGCCCUGAAAAGGAGCUUUUAGCUGCAGGCGUAUCAUGAUUUAUUUAGAAUUGCUGGGCCCUUGAGCUGUUGAUAAUUUGAAAGCCAUUUCAUUUAUUUGUGUUUCUCAUGCUGAUGUUUUCAUGUUUGUCGUGCGCUCUCGGUAUUUCACGGGUUACUUGGUAUUUUCUCGAAGCUUUAAAAUCAUUUUGUUUGACUCCAGGUGAGGAUCUGCUGCUCCACAGGGAGCCUGAGCUUACUUAGCAGGUUCGAUUAUCUCCUGUCCUGACUGCUGCUGCUGCUGUUCUCGUUAUGAGGAGGAAAAACACACAUGUACUCGGACCUGAGUGAACACAUGCUAUCAUACAUGAACAUGCAGUUGGAUGUCUCCACACACACUCACCUGACCAGGCCUCAGACAUGCUCCCUGAAGGCCCCGCUCUGUCCUCCAGGGGGCGGCAGGGUUCGAGAAUGAGCGUGGUUCCCCUCAGCCUUUGGGUGGGGCCUGUUUAGUUAACAGCACAGUGAGUGAAUGGUCAUGUAGGAAACGCACAGUAACCGUCAGUGACCCUGAGGCUGACCUCUGUAGACUCUGCAGGACGGCGUUUUUAAGGUCGGCCUCAUUAUUACUGUAGUUCUGUUUUUACACUCACUGAUUUAUUUACUCCUUUAUUUGAACCAUCAUCAUGGAGUCCACAGAGGACAGGUCUCCAACCAUGACUCCUGUUCCUGGUUACACACAUUACACACUCAUGUACACACACACACACACAGAGUCUCAGCUAAUCCACAAACAUGCACAAGGUUCAAGGAUGAUACCGUGGCAGACUGAAGUGUGUGUCUGUGUGUGUGUCUGUGUGUGUCUGUGUGUGUGUGUGUGUUGCUUCAGCUCGAUCUCUGUGUUGUUUUUAUAUCAGCUGUUCUCAUUUCAGGACUACAAACCAGAUGAGGACCCCGCUAAAUUCAAGUCAGUCAAAACUGGCAGAGGACCCCUGGGGCCCACCUGGAAGGUAGGUCCCUAUACAACUGUGAAAAAUGAUGAUAAUGAUAAAUAAUAAUAAUAAUAACAAUAAUAAUAAUAGUAAAAAUAGUAAUAUUGUGACAUUAUUAUUAUUAUUAUUAUUAUCACUUGUCUUUAUAAUCAGUUUCACAGUUUUUUAUCAUAAUUAUCAUCAUUACUAUUAUUAUAUGUGUUAUCAUUAUCAGUAUUUUUUAUUAUAAUUAUCAUUAUUGUUUCUACUAUUCUUAUUAUUAUCAUUGUCAUUUUUAUCAUUUUUAUUAUAAUCAUUACUAUUAUUAUUAUUAUUAUUAUUAUUAUUCUCAUUAUUCUUAUCAUUAUCAGUAUUAUUAUCAUCAUUAUCAUUAUUGUUUUUACUAUUAUUAUCAUUGUUAUUAUUAUCAUUGUUAUUAUCAUCAUUCUCAUUAUGAUCAUUACUGUUAUAAUGAAGUUCAGGUUCAGAUCCAUAAACACAUCAUUGUCCUACAGUCACACAGCCACAGCGCUGACCUCAGAUCAGUCUGGAUAAACCCCGCCCCCUCACUCGCUCCUGAACUUGUCGUGGUGUGAUCUGAAGUAUAGAUGUUUCAGGUAUAGAUGUGUGGAUACAGAUCAGACUCAGAAAUGGCGCUGAAAUGCGGUGAUCUUUAUAAUCCCGUCCAAAGUCCUCCCCUCACAGCCGGAUCCUGAUAAGACCAGAAUAAGUCUUUACAGGAGCGCAGAGAGCCGUGAGGCGGCUGCUGGGGGGUCGGCAGACCUGUACGGCUGCGGUUUGAUGAAGACAAAUCACCUCUUUCUCAGCUCUAAUUGGAUGUGAGAGAAAUUUCUCGUCAGCGGGUCAGAUAAAGGCUCUAAUUUGUGAGGAUGAAACAAGAAAUGGGAGAGAGACAUUGAUCCUAAAUUUGACAAGCAGCAGUAAUGGAUAAAGACAGACGUGGUUUUGAUUAAAAGUGGGAAAAAAAAGAUGUAGCUGAACUUUGAGAGGAGUUUGGUGGCUCUCUCUCUCUCUCUCUCCGCUGUACACCCCUCACAGGCAGGUCCUCUCUGUGCACCGUGUCGGGUUUUUAUUCUGCUGCGGAGCCCUCAAAGUUCACCACGGGAAACUUUCCUCUGCUUCAAGGAUUUCCAGCGAACAAAGGCAGCCAAACAGCUUUAAAAAGUCUGAAUAAAGAAGCACAACUUUCUAUUUUGUGUUUUUAAUUAGAUCACUUUCCCGUCCGCUGUGGACACGGAAAAAGAGUGUUUUUGAAAAGGUGAAAAAAAAGGAAAAGUAGUUCAGUGACAACAGAGGCACCAUUUCUGCCAGCUUCUCAGAGCCAUAAAACUCUUGUCUAUCUCUGCAUGCACACAUGCUUGCAUAUCGCUCCCCUUUGUAUUUCAGAAAACUUCUGCUCCUUUGAGUGGGGCACAGAGAGGGAGAGAAGAAAUGUCACCGUAAGUGUUUUGAUGUCGAAUCCGUUUCAUGUGAAGUUCUCCUUUAGCGAUGACAACUUUUCUAAACCCACUGCAAAUUUAGAAAUGUUUCUCAUUUCCCCUCUCUCGCUCUCCUCCGCCAUCGUGGCAUCAAACGGCGGAGGGAUGAGGGUGAUUGAGGCGGGUCUGUGGCAUUUUCUCGCAGAAUGCCGAGGAGCCAGAAAGAAGUGAUUAAUUAAACAGGUGUGUGUGUGUGUGUGUGUGUGUGUGUGUGUGUGUUCUGGGGGCGAACAGGUCCUAGGUGUUAAUAAUGUAACCAGCUUUGCUCCGCGGCGCCCUUAUCGCUUCACUAGCACCGUUUUAUCUGCCUUCCUCGGCCACAAAGGCGUGCCUGUCGGGAACGGUGUCACUGUCAGGGUGGAGGCAGAGAAACGCUCCCUUCAUCUGGAGUUUAUCCACUUUGCUCCGCCCCCGCCCCCCCCUCCGCCUUUCCUCUCUUCUUCACAAGGAGCCAGAGAGCAUGCGGCGGGCUGGCGGGCGGGCGGCGGCGGGUUUAGAGAGUGUGUAGUAGAUUAGGGCGCUUUUAUCUGAGCACAGCACAUCUUCAUUUUGAUAAUUAUUUCAGUGAGCUCUGUACCCAAAGCAUUAUGUUUUAAUAAUGAGUCUAAAAUCAUCCUCUCUCUGUUCCUCUCUGUUUCUGUCGACGCUCCUCGCUCUUCUUCUUCUCCUGACAGAGAGAUCUGCUGUCGAAGCCCGACUGCCCCAGGAUGUGUGCCUACAAACUGGUCACAGUCAAGUUUAAGUGGUGGGGCCUGCAGACCAAAGUGGAGAACUUCAUUCAUGAGGUGAGAGGGACUUCAGAAGUCCGGUCCGCUUUACCCCCAAAAUCCUGAUCGUCUCCUUAAAGGUCGUAUCCUCCGAUCGUAGCUGAUCGUAACCAUUCAAGUUAACGUGUCAAUUUACACCGACUUCUUUCCGUUCCUCUGCGGAUCCCCGGACUCUCAGCUGAUCACAAGAGUUCUAUCUGGACGCCGGAGCAUGGCGGAUAAAUUCAGCUCAGAUUAACCCGUGCUGGAAAGGAAGUCGGGCACAGACACAAAAUAAAACAUCCGGCUUCUUUUCAAAAUAAAACACUCCGUGUUUCAGGAGGAUCGUAUUUCACACCAUGCAAACGGGCGGAGACGAACAAGUGAAAGGUUUUUAGACGUCAUUUCACCCCGAUGACACCAUGGAUGAGGAGAUGCUGAUUCUAGAAGUCUAGAAGUAGAUUUCCUCCUCUGGAAGGACACAAUCUACUGCUUAUAUGUCUAUGUGUCUGUCUUUAGAGAGACAAAUCGUUAUCGCGUGAUUGAACGUUAAUCUGCGGAUCAUAUAAAGGCCUGUUUCAUAUAAAGGCCUGUUUCAUAUAAAGGCCUGGUGCUGUAGGACAUGAAAGUAGACAGAAGACGUCUUCAUCCUGACGUUGUCCUCCUCCGUUUGUCUCCUCAGCAAGAGAAAAGGAUCUUCAACAACUUCCACCGCCAGCUCUUCUGUUGGAUUGACAGGUGGGUGGAGCUGACCAUGGAUGAUAUCCGGCGGAUGGAGGCGGAGACACAGAAGGAGCUGGAUGAGGUGAGCGCUCAGGAAACAGGUGUGAUGGUUCUGAUUGACCCGCGUGUUAAAGACCAGCUUCUUGGUGCACAUGAAUGUCUGUGGGCGGAGCUGAGGGCGGAGCCUGUGCUGCCAUGAUCUCUCUACAGACUCAGUGCUGGUGUUCGUCUUUACGCUGUUUUUGCAUGUCUGUAAAUUGAUGCUGUUCAAUCAGGAUCAAUGGUCCGUACCUUUAAAUUCUGUAACCAAUCACAGUCUGAGUUUGACACGAUGACUGCGAGCUGGCUGUCAGAGCGCCACCUAUCCAAGUGUCUGUGAUUUACUGCGUUUUCACUUUUGUUCAGAUGCGCAGGUACGGCUCAGUGCGAGGUACAAAGGCUGCAGACCAGUAGCCGUGGCGGGUCUGUGUAAGUUCUCCCUGAGAGAGAGGGGGUCCAGUUUCUGCUGGGACACUUUCUCUGCUUCCUCUGUCCGCUGCACGUCUGCACGUCUGCAUGUCUGCACGUCUGCAUGUCUGCUUUCACUGCGCACGCUCUGGGGUCUGUGUGGGGGCGGGGCUUCAAUGGUGCACUUCCACAAAAGGGUCUUCUUUGGUUUAAAACAACAUGAAAUCUUUUCAGUUUCCUUCCUCGGUCCCAAAAAAAACAGAGUUUCUGCACCUUCUGUGGAGGUUCUGGUUCAGCCCGGUGAUGAUUGUGGGGCAAAAACCGCAAAGUUACAAAGUUUGGUGUCCAGACGAGGUGUGUGCGAAGUUUGAGGUCAGAAGGUUAACGUAUGUCGUCAUAAUCUUAGAAAACAGACAAAAGACUUAAAAUAAACAUGAAUCUCCACAGACAGCCUUCAAAAUAAAAGCCUGAUAAUAAAAAUAAAUCUCUACAGACAGCCUUCAAAAUAAAAGUAUUAUAACAAAAACAAGGAGUUUCUUCACAAAAAAAGUUCAAAUUAAAAGCCUUAUAAUAAAAACAAGUCUCUCCAUAGACAAAAUUUCAAAUUAAAAGCCUAUUAACAAAAAUGAGGAGAGUCUCAUGUCAGACAAAACUUCAAAAUAAAAGCCUUACAAAUGAGGAGAGACUCUCCACAGACAGACUUUCAAAAUAAAAGUUUUACAAUAAAAACGAGUCUCUCCACAGAGGAAUCUUCAAAAUAAAAGCCUUAUAAUGAAAACAAGGAUAGUCUCCCCACAGACAGAACUUCAAAAUAAGAGCCUUAUAAAAAAACGAGUAGAGUCUCUUCACAGACAAAACUUCAAAAUAAAAGCCUUAUAAUAAAAACGAGGAGUCUCUCCACAGAGAAAAACAGAUUUUAUUUUGAAAAACGUCCCAGAAGUACAAUUAUAAUAUAAUUAUGAUUGUGACAGAAACAGCU